AUGUGCACUACGCAUGCGCACACCAUAAUAUCUUCCCCUAACCUGUAUGCCCGAGUACUCAACCUUUAGGGCAGGCGAGCAUUAAUAUGUUUUCUGCCGUUAUCCGUGUUUCUGCGGCCGGCAUCAGGAGUUUAGCACGAGCAGGUCCUCAGUGCACAGCCCCUUUGGCCUCCCGAUGCUACUCUCAUGCCAAAGCGGAGACAGAUGAGGAGUUUGACGCUCGCUGGGUCACUUACUUCAACAAGCCCAACCUUGAUGACUGGGAACUUAGGAAAGGUGUGAACACACUGAUCGGCUAUGACCUGGUCCCUGAACCAAAGAUCCUUGACUCUGCACUGAGAGCCUGCAGAAGGCUGAAUGACUUGGCCAGUGCGGUCCGCAUCUUAGAAGCAGUGAAGGAUAAAUCUGGACCACAUAAAGAGAUCUAUCCAUACAUGAUUCAAGAGCUUCGCCCCACCCUUAUGGAGCUGGGCAUCUCGACCCCUGAGGAACUUGGCAUUGAUAAAGCCUAAACAGGUCUUGAGACACGUCUGAAGUCAUUGCACUUGUUUCCUAAUGUCCUGGUUUCAUGAAGUUAUGAUGUUUAAUACCUCAAACUUUUGACUUAAUAAACAGAGCAAUAUUUAA